AUGGAUCAGAACAACAGCCUUCCGCCGUACGCCCAGGGCCUGGCGUCUCCUCAGGGUGCCAUGACCCCUGGGAUCCCGAUCUUCAGCCCGAUGAUGCCGUACGGCACGGGCCUGACGCCGCAGCCCAUCCAGAGCGCCAACAGCCUGUCCCUCCUGGAGGAGCAGCGGCAGCAGCAGCAGCAGCAGCAGGCGGUGGUGGCGGCCACAGCGGCCCAGCAGCCCGCGGCCCAGCAGGCGCCCCCGGGGACCACGGGGCAGACGCCACAGCUCUUCCACUCACAGACUCUGACGACCGCGCCUCUGCCGGGCACCACCCCCCUCUACCCCUCCCCCAUGACGCCCAUGACGCCCAUCACUCCCGCCACGCCGGCGUCCGAGAGCUCCGGGAUCGUGCCCCAGCUGCAAAACAUUGUCUCCACGGUGAAUCUUGGAUGUAAACUUGACCUAAAGACCAUUGCACUUCGUGCUCGAAAUGCGGAAUACAACCCCAAGCGGUUUGCUGCCGUGAUCAUGAGGAUUCGAGAGCCUCGGACCACGGCGCUCAUCUUCAGCUCUGGGAAGAUGGUAUGCACUGGUGCCAAGAGUGAAGAGCUGUCCAGGCUGGCGGCACGUAAGUACGCCAGGGUGGUGCAGAAGCUGGGCUUUCCGGCCAAAUUCCUGGACUUCAAGAUCCAGAACAUGGUGGGCAGCUGCGACGUGAAGUUCCCCAUCCGCCUGGAGGGCCUGGUGCUCACCCACCAGCAGUUCAGCAGCUACGAACCAGAGCUGUUCCCAGGGUUAAUCUACAGAAUGAUCAAGCCCAGGAUUGUUCUCCUGAUUUUUGUUUCGGGAAAAGUUGUGUUAACAGGUGCUAAAGUCCGAGCCGAGAUCUACGAGGCCUUCGAGAACAUCUACCCGAUUCUGAAAGGGUUCCGGAAGACGACGUGA